AUGGGCUUUUGGGACGGUUCAAGAUGGCUUUGGAGCCUAGAAUGGAAGCGUGUUCUUAGGCCUCAUGAUCUGGCGGAGCAGGGCCGGUUACUCUCUCUCCUGGAUUCGGUUGCCCCUGACCCUCAAUGCACUAAUAAGUUUAUUUGGGCCCCCGACAAAAACGACAAAUUUUCAGUAAAAUCCCUCACUGGGCUGCUGGAUUCCUCCUCGGCUGUUGUACCCUCCGAAAUUUUCAAAAAUAUCUGGAAAGGGUUAGUCCCUCACAGAGUUGAGAUAUUCAUAUGGUUUGCCCUACUUGGGAAACUUAACACGAGAGGAAAGCUCUCAAGGCUCUCAAUCAUCCCACCAUAUGAGGCUUCGUGUGUCUUCUGCCGAGACCAUAUUGAAUUUGAAGACCACCUAUUUAUUCACUGCGACUUCGCGAGAGGGGUAUGGAAUUGGUGGCUCUCAAUCUGGGGCCUUCGGUGGGUUCUUCCCAUAUCUUUGAAAGACCUAUUCUCCCAAUGGCAUUGUGUUUCAUCAGACUAUUUGUUCAAGAAAAUCUGGAGGGCAUCAUUCUUCAUUAUUGUGUGGGCAUUGUGGAAGGAGCGUAAUGCUCGUAUUUUCCGCAACUUAUCUUGUUCACCCCAACAAAUUCAUGACUUGAUUCUUCUUCGCCUUUGUUGGUGGAUUCGUGGAUGGAAGGAUCCAUUUCCGUAUUCUUGUAAUGAAGUCCUUCAAAAACCCCUAUGUCUCAAAGGAAUCUCCCUUGCAAGGACUAAGCCUCCUACUAUCAAUGCUCUCAAUGUGUCAUGGAGCCCGCCCUCUCAUCUGUCUCUCAAAUGGAAUACUGAUGCGUCAUAUGAUCCACUAUGCAACCUCAGCGCAAUAGGGGGAGUUCUACGUAAUAAUAUGGGGAAUUUUAUUUGUCUGUUCUCAUCUCCUAUCCCUCCUUUGGAGAUUAACUCUGUUGAAGUGUAUGCAAUCUACAGAGUAAUAAAGAUUACUCUAUCAUCCCCUGAAAUAUCAUCUCAUCACAUCAUUUUUGAAUCAGACUCUGCAAAUGCUGUUAGAUGGUGUAAUGAUAAAGCUGGUGGGCCUUGGAAUCUAAAUUUCAUGUUGAACUUCAUUCGCCAUGCAAUCAGUUCGCAGCUUAAUGCUCAAGUUAUUCAUAAAGGUAGGAGUUCAAACGCAGUGGCAGACUCCCUGGCAAAGCAAGGCCUUCGAAGAGAAAAUGAAUUCAUAGCCUGGCUGUAA